AUGGGAACUUGUGGAGGAAAGAAAACAAACGACACUAAAACAAUGAAAAAAGUAAAAAAAAAUAAAUAUAAAGAUGAGAGAAUAAGACAUAAAUAAUACUGGAAAUGAUGUAAAGGCCAAUAAUGAAUAGAAUAUAAUUACAAAAAGAAAUGAAUAAGAUGGGGAUAUUCUAAAAUAACAAUAACAAGAGCAAGUUAAGACAGAAAUCUAAUAUAAACCUGUUGAAGAUUAGGCCUCUUAAACUAUACAAGAUAAAAGUUAAAAAUAAACAGAUUAUCAUAAAUUAAGUGAAAUUAUGCCCAAACCUGAAAUUUUUACUACUACUCCAAUAAUUUAAUUAUCAAAAAAGAAAUUUUAAGAUGAUGAUCCAGCCAAGCAUCAUUUGGAAGUAUGAGAUUGUUUUGAAAUAGUGCAUUAAAAAUUAAAAUGAUAGAGGCUUGUCAAAUAUCAAUAUAGGAUUACCUGUCAAAUUUGAAAAUAAAUUUAAAGUUGAAAUUGAAGGUUCAUAUUAAUAAUAUUAAUAAAAUAAAUGAUAAAAUCCAGAUUUUUUUUUUCAUAUUAAGCAAAAGGUGUAUUUAGAAGAAAAAAUCAAAAUAUUAGAAGAGAGGAUUUUGUGGUAAAAGUGGCAGAUGAAGAUGUACAUUCAAAAAGAUUGGCAUCAGCAUUAAACAUCGAUGAUAAUCAAAGUGAAAUAAGCUAUCCAACAUCAUAAUCCAAUUUUUUUUUUAGAGAAUCUAACUUAUAAAAAUUAGAUCUAUCCGAUUUAUAUCGUAUCGAUUUUGAUAAUAGUGAUAAAAUUUCUAUUGUUCCCACAUUGAUUGAACCAUUAGAAAAUAUAGUUAAAAACCCAGGAAUUUAUCCAAUCUCUGAAUUCAAAAAUCACCACAAUUAUAAUUACUUAAAACAAAUCUAAAGGGAUGCUUAAAUGAAUAAAUUUGAUGUUUAUAUUCCUCCCUCUAAAGAUGUUACACUUUAAUAAUUUGCCAAAGCCUUGAAUUUAAGAUAUUGGUACUAAAUUCAUCUAUUUUAGUGUUUCAACAAGUACAUUUUCUAAUGUGCUCAGUUAAAUUUUCUACUUACUUAGUGGCUUCCAUGGUCCUGAUUUUAGUGGUGUUUUCGAAUAGUUCCCUGAUGAACCAAGAAAGUUUAUGAUCUCAUAAAGAAAACCAACAUCUGCAUUAUUACAUAGGGUUGAUGAAAACAUGUAUGCUUUGGAUGGAGAUCCUGGUAUUUUCGAGGAAGAACUCAUUGAACUCUUAAUGACUGGUAAAAUUGUGGAAAGACAAUUAACAUAAGACAAAGAGGAAUUUGAAAAUAGAUAUAUUAAAUUAGAUCCAAAUAUGCCACUUGUAGAUGACUUUCAUAGAUUUAUGGAAUUAAAUAAUGAAAUGUGUUUGAGAUCCUAAAUUGAUUGUAGGAAUCGAUCUGAUAAUCCUAUUGUUUUUGAAAUUAAAGCCAGAGGAGCAUGUCCUAUAAGAUAUGAUUAUCCAAAUUAUAGAGAUUAUUUAGAUUAUGAAGUCAAUUAAUAUAAAGGAUUGUUUUAAUCUUUUGAAAGGGAAUAUUAUGAUUUAAUAAGAGGAGCAUUCUUAAAAUGGGCUAUUUAAUUAAAAAUUGGUAGAAUGGAUGGAGCAUUUGUAGCAUAUCAUAAUUUAUUAGAAAUACAAGGGUUUGAAUAUAUCAAAUCUUCAGAAAUAUAUAAAAGAGUAUUUGGAACUGAAGAAUUUAGUGAUUUAAGUUUAUUAGUAGGAUCAAGAAUAGCUACUAAAAUGUUUGAUGAAAUCAUUGCAGAUAUCAAUGAAGAUUUUGAAACUUUAAAAAUAGGACUUUAUUCACAAAGUUUUACAAAAAAAUUAAUAUUGUUUGUAGAAAUUAUUAAAGAUAAAACAGAAUUUUAAAAAGUAUUUAAGUAAGAAAAUCUAAAAGAUGAAUAUGAUUAUUAUACUAAGCAUCCUUUAAAAAAUAAAGUUCUUAAAUAUGAAUUCUUGCUAAAACCUGAAAUCAAUGGAAUUGAAUAUUGUUACCCUACAAUUUUUAGAAAAAAUGAUUUGAUUUCAAUUAAAUAUAAAUUAAGGAGUUUGGGAUAAGCUGAUUUUGGAGACUAUAUGAAUUUUCUUCACGAUUGUUAUAAACACGAAGAAAUUAAUAUAGAAAUCAAUUAUUCUGGAGCUUGGUAGAAAUCAAUGUGAA